AGUGUCGCUGCGGGUGUCGCCGUGACCUGUUAUAGCGUGAGCGCUCCCUUCAGAGACCGACGUCCAGGGCUGUGACGUAGCCUGUGACGUCACUGACACGGGUGACCCGGCCGGGGUCAAAUGGAGGCGGAGCCUGAGCCGAGAGCCGCGCGUGGCACGUGAUUGGUGAUUGGAGAGUUUUUGGUGACGCGAGAGACUGCCACGUGGCUACGGUACGUGCAUGCACGUGCGCCACGUGCACGAAGGGUGAUUCCAAGACCGACAAGAGAGGUGUUGAUUUAUGGUCGCCUCUUUUUUGUAGACUGUGCUAGUGAAAAAGAACAGUGAAAAAAGCUGGAGGGGUGAACGCAGGCAGUUGCAGCAGCGUGCAAAGUGAUCUUAGCAGAUUUGGUGCAAAACCUGUACAACGGUGGUCAUUUGUUCAGCGCAGAACUUCUUAUCACUCGGGCUCAAGGUGUGCUCAAGACAUUUUAACGAGGAAGAUCGAACAUCGGUGGUGUCUGGCAAAAGGAACGUCGCUUAACAUCUUCGUAGCCUUAUGACAGGAUGCUGGUGAAGCUGCUGGCGGUUGCUGCACUUGCAUUGUUCCUCUGCAGUCAGCGUUCGGCCGAGUCGCCUUCGACGGCGCGGCCACCUCUCAUCACGGGUACCACUGAUCCUCUCCGAAGUUACAUCAACAGAGAACAGAACAGAACCCCAGCGGAAAACAGAAAAUCUCAGCCAGACGAGAUCGAGGGCUCGAGCGGGCGCGGAACUGCUGAGGAACUGGACAGAAGCACAGAGCUCAGACCCGAGUUAGAUGUGGAAGUCAAGCUACCCCAGAAGACGGCGGCGAGUGUCAAUCCAGUGUUCAUCAGUUCCCCAAACAAACGGGUGCCCCAUGUCAGUCACAGAGAAUCCCUUGGACACUUGCUGGACACAAUCAGCUACGAUGGCAAUGUUCCGCAACUUGGCGUCAACCACAAACCUUUCCACGUUCUUGAAUUUGCCGACGUGAACGACGGCCCCCCACCCGAUGUCGACGAUGUCCUGGAUGCGCCAGAAAGUGCGUUGGGUGCUCGGCCCCCAGAGACUGGCCUGGUCGAGCUGCUCAGACUUACCGAUCGGCGAUUUCUUCCCCUGAUGCUGAUGGGAGAUCCCGAGCCCGUCGGCAGGUAUCACUGCACCUACGACAAACCGCAGCCAAUCGUGCAAUCAUACGUGGACGCCUUCGAUGACAACGGUUGUGCGUCCUGCGAACUGGAUGAUGAAGGACGUCCGAUCAAGGAAUACUCGGAGGAUAUCACUGAGUUCCUACCGUCGGGUUUCAGACCUGAAGCCAGCGAGGAGCGCCUGCGGGAGCUCUUCCAGGCAGGUCUCCUGGACAAAGACACGUUCAGUGCCGAGGACCGACCCAGAGGUGCGCUACGCCGCUCCAGUCCGACGAGCACCAACUGCACGUGCAGUGUGGGUGACCAGGAGACGAUCUGCAGCAGUGGAGGCGCCGGACUGUUCUGUGACCAGCUGCCGUAUACCACCGUCCCAUCCGGCAUCCUGGAGGUGUCUCACACCAACAUCUCCGAGCUGGACGUGGGCAGUCUCGAGUUUGUUGCCAACGUCUCGGUGCUACGACUGGCAUGGAACGAGGUUGCACGCGUCCAGCCAGGCGUGUUCGCCAACAUGUCCCUACUGAAGAACCUCAGUCUGGCGCACAACCGGCUGGAGAUGCUGGAUGUCAAGGCGUUCUCGGGUGCCACCGCACUACAGGAGGUGGUGUUGUCAUACAACAUGUUCACAGAACUGACGCAUGCAACGCAAGCGCUCAAUGUGAAAACGACACCCAGGCUGGUGCAUCUGAACAUUGGUGGAAAUAAUUUCAGCCAGAUCGGUCCACAGGAUUUUGAAUCGUUGAGUCAGCUUCCAAUUGAAGACCUUCAGCUGCACGAAAAUAACAUUGAGCAUAUUGAUCCAACGACAUUCAUGGAACUGAAACAUCUACGUAGACUGAGAUUGCGAAAUAACUUCUUACCCAUUGAAGAGGUUGCCGCUCUUGUGAAUGAGAUGAACAACACCACUUUGGAGGUUAUCGACCUUUCCAUGAUUGGAAAGUACAGCAUCAGUGAACUCAACCCUGUCCUGAGCGCGGUAGCUGAUAGCAACAUCACUAGCCUGAUGCUCAACGACUACUGCUUUCCCAGCAUCUACGGCGUUUGGUUUCCCGGCUUUCCUGGACUCAAGGAGCUAAGUAUGCGCUCGUGCGGCAUCUCGUAUAUCUACGCCAACUCCUUCAACCAAUUCACGGCUCUUGAGUCACUCGACCUAAGGGACAACUACUUCACAUACGUCCCGGCGGCAGUGCUUCUUUCCUCUCUUGUCUCCCUGGAUCUUUCUCGACCGGAGCUGAGAAAAUACACGGGAGCGCAGAAGCCAUCUUUCUCCGUGUCCCAAUACCGCUUCCGCGAAAUGACGAGCCUUAAGUAUCUGGACCUUUCGUAUAACAACAUCACAGUCCUGGAGCGCGGAGCGUUCGUCGGUCUGGAGAACCUUACCGUGCUCCUGCUGAAGGAAACUGAACUAGAGCACAUUGCCAACUUCAGCUUCAGCAUGCUGGAAAACCUCUCUGAGCUUCACCUCACUGGCAACUACCUCGGCGCGCAGCCGUUCGAACACCUCUGGCAGGGCCUUACUUGCCUCACUGUGCUCUUUCUGGAUCACUGCCGCAUCAACACCAGUCAACUCUACUUGAGCGAAAUGCCACGCACCGAGAUCCUCAACCUCUCCGGCAACGCGCUCCGUACCCUCACUCCCAACACCUUCCACGGUCUCUCCUACCUCAACACCAUCGACCUCUCCGACAACAUCAUCGAGUCAUGGGAAGAGAGCAUUUUCCGCGACUCCCGGGCGCUGGAGCGGGUAUAUCUCCGAAGCAACGGUAUCACCUGGAUCUCGUCUGCAAUGGCUGAGGACUUCAUGCUUCUGAACCUGAGGGUGUUGAUGCUUGGACACAACCCGUACCACUGCUCCUGUCACCUUCACGACUGGCUUGAUGGACAAGAUGAUGGAGCAGACAUUGGAACUGUGAGGACAGACUGGCUGCUCUCAAAAGACAAAAACGGUGGCUACAUCACCAACGAUAUCGACGACUGCUACUGCAGCUCUCCGCUCAAGUUCAGCAACGAGACUGUGCUCGAGUUCUUUCUGCAUGCCGACCUCUUGCCGUGCGCAGAGCCCUCACGGACACGCAUCCUGCUCACCAUGCUUCCCGUCUUCGUCAGCGGUAUGGUGGUGGCACUGCUUAUUCGCCUUGUUUACAAGAAUAGGUGGUACCUGAGGUACUGGUGUUUCAAGCUCACAUCAAAGCGCUGGCUGAAGCGUCUGAGGAAAAGCAACGAGGGAUUUCUGUACGACGCCUUCGUCAGCUACUCGUCUGAGGACGCCAGCUUCGUCAGCGAGAUGAUAGAGCAGCUAGAGAAGACGCCGCCCUUCUACCGUCUCUGUGUCUACGAGAGAGACUUUGAGAUCGGCAAUGUUAUCAGCGAGUGCAUCCUGGAGAGCAUCAACACCUCUAGGAAGUCGAUCCUGGUGCUGACGGACCACUUUGCCAAAUCACACUGGUGCCGCUGGGAGAUGAACCUCGUCCAGUGUCGCCUCUUCGAGCAGACUCGCGACGACCUAAUCCUGGUCAAACUGGGGAAGAUCCGGUCCCGUCACCUGACACCCACCAUACGCUACCUCAUGAGGACGCGCAUCUAUAUCGAGUGGGGUCCGAGUGCCCAGCAACAGCUGCUCUUCUGGGAGAGAUUGCGAGCAGCGCUCAAAAAGCCCGGAGGCACACCAGAGCUGCCUAGGACUGUGUGAGGGACGUGGGAAGCGUGGGAAGGGACGGGGAGGGACGAGAGAGGAAGUUGAUAGUGUGGGGGACGUAGAAAGGGGUGAAGAGGGACUCGGGAAGGCUAGGAAUGGUGACAGGGAUUUAGAAAGUGUGAUGCCAGAGCCAGCGACGACUAUGAGGAAAGGUUGUAAAUGUGAUGUGAAAAGGGGCGUAAGGGAAUGAGGUGGGGGGUGGAGAGUGACAAAAACUGGGGAGAGAGAAAUGAGAAGAAAGUGGGCAAGAGUGAAGUGGUGGAUGUGAGAAAUGGGUAGCGAUAGCGCCUCCCAUAUGAUGAAAGGAAAGCCUAUAGCGAUGUCAUAGAUUUGGGGGAAGUUAACUCGAUGGGAUAAAUGCAGUGCAGUGAAGAAGGUCAGAAUGAAGAGCGAGUGUUGAGUGCUAGCAAAGUGAUGUGAAGUGAACAUGCAUGUUAUCAUGUUAGUUGUUGAAGCAAAGCGACGUCCGCAGAUGAGAAGAAAUAGUAGAGCGACCUUAAGUGCAGUUUAUGCCAGUUGAUGUUUAUCUUUCCUUGCACAAAUAAUUUGCAGGAAACAUCCACCAGUUGUCAGGCGAAGAUGACACUGCGGUGGGCGGCGGGUGCAUUAACUUUGUGUGAGCCUUCAUGUGCAAGUGAGGGUAUACCUGACACGUGGGAAUUAGAGAAAGGCGCAAGUGAAGGCCAUUGUGAGAGUUAACCCGCGCCCCGCUGGGGGGGGGGGCAGAAUCUGCCCCCCCUCCCGUUUUUCGCCAAUAACUUCUAAACGCGUUACGCCAGCGACGUCAAACUUUUAGUACCUUAUCAUACAUCAAUUU